AUGGGCGCGCGACGAGCUGCCAUUGCUAUAACAGUCGGAUUAAUAAUUGGGUGGAUGUUUCAACAACCAAAAAAUGAUUGCAAAUCGAAUGGAACAACAGCUCAGAAAGUUCAAGAAUAUUUUUUAUGCAGCGAAAUUUUGUCGCAUGAAAAAGAAGGCCUGGCACUUGCUGCUUAUCAACAUGAGGAGUUGAUAGUCGAUCUUUGGGGUGGAUAUGCUGAAAAAGCUGCACUUCGACCUUGGAACAGGGAUACAAUGACAGUCGUAUUUUCAUCUACUAAAGCUAUUGGUGCUCUAAUAAUUGCUAUUUUGGUCACUCGUGGUCAUUUGCAAUAUGAAGAUAAGGUUGUAAAGUACUGGCCAGAGUUCGGAGCACAUGACAAAGAAAAUAUUACUGUGCAAUGGAUUCUUGAGCAUAAGGCUGGAUUAAUUGUAUUCGACGAAGAAUUAACUAUAGAACAAGCUCACGAUGACAAAUAUAUUUCAAAAAUAAUUGAGAAGACGAAACCGAAAUGGCCUGCAGGAUCAGCUGUGGGUUAUCACGCUAUUACAUUCGGAUGGUUGUUAGAUCAGUUAGUUCGACGAACUGAUCCAUUAAAACGUAGUAUUGCAGAAUUCUAUCAACAAGAAAUUCAAAUUCAUAUGAAAGGCUUACAUGAACAUUAUCGGAUUGCACGAAUUGUCCAACCAACGAUAUUUGAAUUCAUUCGUGCUUUUUUUACAAGUACUAAAUAUUUUCCAUUUUUAUGGGAUCUUUUGCGAAACGGUUUUCGUUCUGAAAUUUUGGAUUCAGGAACUUAUCCAGCUUGGCUCAGUAUUCUAUCGCUAGAAAUGCCUUACAAUAAUCCAGCAGUACAAGAAGUUGUAAAUGUUGGAGUACUUGGUAUAGGAACUGCUAGGAGUCUUGCAAGCGUUGUCUCUACUAUUUGGAAAGAAAAAUUAAUUAGUGAAGAAAUUUGGAAUCGAAUAAGUAAACCGGUAGAGUUUGUACACGACAAAGUAUCAAAUUUGAAAUGCUACCGUGGUUAUGGUUUCUUCUACGAACCUCAUCCAAGCAAAGCAAAUGCUUAUCUCAUGUAUCACCCAGGUCAUGGAAUGCAAAACUUAAUCAUUGAUCCAUCUGAAAAAAUAGUGGUAGCAAUGAUUAGAAAUGGACUACUAUGGGAUGAGAAAGCUCUCAAAGAAUCGUUCACGCUAACAUACAGUAUCAUCAACGCAACUUCAUGA